AUGGGUUCUCUUUGGGAUAGACCAACUUUACUUGCGCUGUUGCUUUUAUGCUUUGCCUCCUGGGCGUCAGCAGGUGUAGUACGUUUUGAAAUCAACCUCACAUGGGAGGAUUGGUCUGCGACUGGUAUUACCCGGAAGAUGAUUCUCACCAACGGUCAAUUUCCCGCGCCGCCACUCCAUCUGCGCCAGGGGGAUGAUGUUGAGUUCUUGGUGAACAAUCAACUUCCCUUUUCUACCACUAUCCACUUUCACGGAAUCGACCAGCUGGGUACCCCCUGGUCUGACGGGACCCCUGGUCUAUCUCAGAGACCAAUUCCCCCGGCCAGCAGUUUUCUCUACAAGUGGCAUGCCGGACAGUAUGGAAGCUACUUCUACCAUGCUCAUAGCAGAGGACAGAUUGAAGAUGGCCUCUAUGGCCCCCUCUAUAUCCAACCUGACAACACCGUCGAGCGGCCUUUUAACUUGAUCACUGAUGAUGCGCAAGCAAUCAACGCUAUGUGCGAAGCUGAAGAAAAGACAAGACCUAUCAUGCUUAGCGACUGGCGCCAAUUGACAUCAGAAGAGGUCUGGAAUGUGGAAGAGGAGAGUGGACUGGACGCGUUCUGCGUGAACGCUCUGUUGGUCAAUGGAAAGGGCUCGGUGAUUUGCUUGGGCCGGCAAACCUUGGACACAUAUACUACCCAGGCACAAAGGAAUGUGUUGGGCAACGACUCCCUAACCGACAUUGGUUGCAUACCCCCGACAAACGAAAGAGCACAAGGCAACUUCGUUCACGAUCUCAGUGCCGUUCCACCGACAGUAUUUGAAGGCUGCACACCGUCCAAUGGCCCCACUGAGGUUCUGCUGGUUGAGCCAUCUGCUUCGUAUGUGAGCUUCGACUUGAUCAGUUCCGCCAGUCUCUCGAUGAUGACAUUUUCCAUCGACGAGCAUCCUGUGUACGUCUAUGCAAUUGAUGGAAGGUACAUUGAGCCAAUUCGAGUGGAUGCGGUAACGGUGCCCAAUGGAAACCGGUACUCCAUCAUGGUAGCACUGGACAAGCCAGCAGGAGAUUAUACAAUCCGUGUCGCAAAUAACGGGGUGAACCAGAUUGUGAGCGGCACCGCUGUCAUGUCCUAUGGCACUCCAUCCCAAGCUCAACAGCAGCCUUCUCGGCCAUCCAUUGACAUAACAGGGGCAAAUACCACAGCAGAUGUUGUGAUAUUGGAUGAGAACAGAGUGGUUCCAUUCCCUGUUGAGGUACCGGCACAAAAUGUCGACGAAACCUUUAUUUUGAAUAUCAACCGUUUCAAUGCCUCCUUUCUUUGGACGUUAGGAAAUUCCAGCUUUCCCUUAUCCUUAGAGGAAAGCUCUCCCCUCCUCUACUAUCCCUCGACAGCUGACCCCGAGCUCUCCAUCCGAACACGAAACGGGACCUGGAUCGAUCUUAUCUUCCACGUUGUCAGCACGAUACAACCACCUCACCCCAUCCACAAGCACUCGAACAAAUUCUUCGUGAUUGGCCGAGGGGAUGGAGCUUUCAAUUAUACUUCUGUGGCCGAAGCAAUGAGAGACAUCCCUGGGAGCUUCAAUCUCCAGAACCCGCAGAUCCGGGAUACGUUUACCACGCCCCCGGCAGCGACAGGGCCCACAUGGAUGGCGAUCAGGUAUCACGUUGUAAAUCCAGGGGCGUUCUUGCUGCACUGUCACAUCCAAAUGCACCUCACCGGUGGAAUGGCGCUGGUACUGUUGGAUGGUGUGGAUAAGUGGCCUGAAGAUAUUCCUUUGGAGUACCAACUAGCUGCCAUAAGCCCCUCACUAGGACUCCGGCUACCUUGA